GGGCCGGUGGUGGCCAAGGCGGAGGUGGAGAGGUGGUUCACGGCCCCCGGUGUGCGGAGGAUCCGGCUGAAGGAGAGAGGCGUCAGGGGCUCCCUCUUCCUGCCGCCGGGGGAUGGCCCCUUUCCAGGAGUGAUUGACAUGUACGGCGAUGAAGGAGGUCUGAUUGAAUUUAGAUCCAGUCUCCUGGCUACCCGUGGUUUUGCUGCUCUUUCUCUGCCAUAUUUUGACUUUGAAGAUCUGCCUAAGGUCAUGAAAGAAUUCAAACUUGAGUACUUUGAGGAGGCAGCUAGAUUCCUACAGCGUCACCCGAAGGUGAAGGGACCAGGAGUUGGAGUGAUUGGGACGGGGAAAGGGGCAGAACUAGCACUCUCCAUGAUCACCUUCCUGCCAGAAGUAGUGGCUGCUGUCUGUAUCUCCGGCUGUAGCUCAAACACAGUUGCAGACCUCCAUUAUGGUGAGAUGACUCUGCCUGGACUGUGUUUUGACAUGAAUAAGGUCAGUGUUUCUGACGCUGGUGUAUUUGACAUUUUCGAAGCUCUGGAUGACCCAACAAAUCCUGCUAAUUCUCCUUGCACCAUCCCCAUUGAAAAAGCAGAAGGUCACUUUCUCUUAGUGGUAGGGGAAGAUGAUCGUAUGUGGAAGAGCUCCUUAUAUGCUGAGCUGGCAAUCGGGCGUCUACGCCAGCACGGGAAAGAAAACUUUGAACUCUUGAGUUAUCCAGGAGCAGGUCACCGAAUUGAUCCUCCUUCUACUCCAUUUUGUCAGGUAGCUAUGGAUCGUGUUCUGGGGGUGCCUGUUCUGGGGGGUGGAGAGAGCAAAGCACAUGCCCAUGCACAGGAACACUCCUGGGGAAAGAUUCAGGAGUUUCUGCACUUGCAUUUGGGAUGAACACUUCAGCACCAGCAAGCUGUUGCAGAAUUGGAGAGGACUGAGCUUGAGCCACCAAAAUGACUGGUGAAUUGGAGGGACUGACUGAGAAAAGCUUGGAAAUACAAAAUAACCAAAUGACUACUUAGCUACAAGUGUAAAUCCAAAAAGAAAGGGAUUUAUUUGGACUAGCCUAAGUUAUUUUAACUAGGUACACAGA